GCGGGGUGGUUAGUCCGCAUUCGACCGCGUCGGCGGCAACGUCGCCUCUCGAGGAACAUUCCGCCGGAAACGAUUCGAACUGUGAAAAAUAUUUUCUAAGUGCGAUUUCAUACUGUUAACGUUUUGUGUUUAUUUUAAGUUUUUUAUUGAUAUGUUACGGUCUCCGCUGAAUUUUGGAUUACGGAUUUCAACAUUGGAGUAACAGACUUUUGUACAAAGUAUGAUGUUUUUGUGAUGAAAAACUUGUAAGAUUGAAUUGUAAACACUGAAAGAAAAUCAAGAAAAAGUUAUGAGCGUUUCGUCGCUUACAUUUAUGUGCCGGUUAUGAUAAGCUCGAAGCUUUGACCAAACUUGGAUUUGUAAAAAGAGGGAUACCAAAGAAAAUGUGUGCCAAAAUGUUAUUUUAUUGUUUCUCCUUGUUUACUCUCAUUAUGUCUUGGAUUGGAGUGUCGGCUGAAGAGGAAGUGUCAUCUCCGUUGCGAGUAGCACAAUGCAGAGCAACGUGUUUACAAAAGUUCGCCGCGCCUCGACCUGGUGGGGAGUCCUCGUGUUUGCAAGGCCCCGACUGUUUUAUGUGUUGGGAAAAUUGUGAACUGCUGCAGUCCAACUAUCAAGUUUGGGGAGCCAUCUGCGAUGAGAAAGAUAUUUGCUUCCCUGGGUGCAAAAUCGCGUGUGAAUUCCAUUCGGAAGCAGCGCGUGCGUCUCAAACUCAGCCUGUCAUCCACACAAAGGGUGAAGGGGUGAUGCGUGUGAGUGGAGCGCUUGCCCGCUGGCCACCGCCAGCACCCCGAGCCGCAUCCCGUCCCGUGCCACUCGUGUACGUCGUUAUGCGUCGUGCCGCUGAAGGCCCCUGGCGGCAAAUCAUACAAACUCAAGCUCUAGCAACACGAGUACCUUCAAACAACGAGGGCGCCCUCCUACGAGUUCUUGUUGUCGACCCACUGGGACUUGUCACCAUAUACAGUCCUGAUGAAACGUGGGUAGCCCACGAUACAAACACUUCCAACCAUGAUGAACACAAGUGGACACUAAAAGAGAUUUCCCUCAUUCACCAAAAGGUCCUAGUUAUUGGUGAAAUCGCUUGGGAACCAAGAAUAGCCCGCGGAGUGUAUUUAGUUACUUGGGAAGUUGAUGGUGGGGGCCUGAAAGGCAAUCUGUUCACGGAUUCCACCAGGGUUACGUUAUCCCUGUGGCCCGAUACGGUCUACCACAUUCAAGUGGAGCUUGUGUCGCGGACGCCGGGUGUUGACAAUGAGAGGUCAGAGACCAUGACUAUCGACACCAGCAGAGCUCAACGCGUUUCAACCGAAAGCGUUCAGGAUGUUCAAGUUAGUGAAGGGGACCGGCUGAUGUCCGUUCUGGUAAGCUCUAUGAGAGGGGAACGUGUACCAGAACGUUCACCUGACUCUGAACUAGUAUUAGGAUGUUUGUCAGCUAUGAUUGCAUUUGGAUUGGCUGUACUAGCUGCCGUCCUAUGGAGGCGGAGACGACGAGGAACGUUUCCAGGUACCAACGUGUACAUUGGUUCAUCUUCUGUUUUAAAGCGAAAGCUUGUUGAGGAUUUCGCUCCAGCCGCGCAUUGUUUCCAGCCGGUGCUGGUGCCAGAGACAUCGACCAACGAGUCGGUGCCACGUGACGUGGUCGUGUGACGUCACAGCUUCGAUAUGCUGUCGGUGGAAGACCGCGUCUUCAGUUCCUAAGCAUUUGGACGAACUCCGUUAAAGACAAGUAGUUCAAGUGGAAAGAAGUGCUGUUUGUGAUACUCUAAAACUCUAAAAGAGAGAAUAAGUGAAAGUUAAAAAAGCAUUUAUUAUGGAAUGCCUGUAACUAUACGUUGUAAAUUGUAAUGGACUUUGGAACACUGUAUGUAAAUGCUGCUGUAAUAAAAAUUACCUAUGUAAUUUUGUUUGUACGUAGAGUUAGGCGAUUGUAAAUUAAAAAGUUACUACUUAUAAAUGUAUUUAUGAAACACAGUAAGGUUAACACCAGAAAAAUUAGUUGUGUACAUAUGUUAAGAAAAAAAAUAGUAACUAAAUGAUAAUUUUCUAAAAUACGACUUGAUUUAUAUACUGCUUGUAAAUAAAUAACUGUAUUGCGUGUGCCGGAUUUCGAUGUUCAAUUUCAAUUCGUUUUGGUAUUCUAAGAAAGAUAUUGAGAUCCACCACGACAGCUUGGAAUAUAAACUUUCGUUUUAGUGCUCCUGGACUGAUACCGGUAAAGAUGGAGUUCAAAACGAAAUUUCUAUUUAAUGUUAUCGAAAUGGAUUGUUAUACGGAAUCAAGUUUAUUAGACUAAUCGGUAUAAAUAUCUAGAACUAUUUUUACAACUAGUCCUUAUUAUCGUUUAGUUAAACAUAGUUAUUAGAUAUAUUUUACGAUAAUAGUUUCGAUGAGGUUCUGACUCAUUCUAGUGAACUUUAUGACGUCUUCUUCAGCAAUAAACAUAUAAUGUAUGUAUUUGUAAAUAAUGGAAACAUUUAUUGUAAAAACUUAACAGAGAAAUUAUAUUUUUCUUGGCCUAUGACAGAUAUUUGUAGAAGUUACGGGUGGAUGUAUCGAUUAAGGGUUUUCCAGAAAAAAUGAGUUUUUAUUCCAUUGCAACGUGCCCAUACAACUGAUUGUCUUUCAGAAUUUCUUAGCCAUACACGUAAUAUUACGUAUAUCAGUGUAGUGUCAUAAUUAUUUGUUUAAAGUUGAUGUUAGGCUUUAAACACUUGUACUUAAUAACUUAAGUUUCGUUUUUGUAGUGCAAAAGUGUAAAAGAGACCAAAAUUAUAUGUUAUUUGAAACAAAUUUUGGUUCUGUGACAACCAAAAUCCGAGUAGGACGUAAGUUAGGAGCUUAAUUAAAUUUAUUUAUUUUUUUGUGAUUAAUUAGUACCUUCACUCGAUUUUGUAAAUAUGAAUUGCUAUAAAUGACGACGCUGAUCUUUAACGUGUAUAAAUAAAUAUGUCUGCCAAAUUA